AUGAAGAAUGCUGAGAAGAAUCGAAUUCAGCUUACCCAAGAGCCCUCAAAAGUACUGACCAUGGAAAUAGUUGAAGUAAUAGAGAAAUUUGAGAUAUUCAGAGCAAUUGCCCAAGAAUAUUUCAUCGAUGGUUCUGAUAAGGAAGUAGACACCAUAGCUUGGAACCUUAGUAUUGAAGAAAGUAAAUGGAAAUAUGAUGAAGAAGAUACCAAAAACACAAAACAAGAAAUAGCGAUAACCUGGGCAGAAGAUAACGAAUACCAGGAUAGUUUGUUAAGUAAUAAUGACCCUGAAAGUGAGUUACAGCUAAUGAAUAUUGAUGAAGCAUACCUAAUCAAUAUAACCAAUGGGAUGAAAUUGCUGAAGGAUUGGAGUUUGAAGAAAACAUCACUAUCUCUGAAAAUUAUGACUCUUACCACUUUAAUAAAAAUUGGAAUGAGCCUAACCAAAAUAACCUGUUCUCGAUUCCAAAGGCUGGUCACAAUCGAUGAAUGA